CUGAUAGCUAUUACUUACCAUGUACAAAGCCCAAAUAUUGCAAAAAAUUAAAUCGGUGGCAGAAGCCCAUAAGAAUAAAGUCAAAGAUGAGUCCUUCCUGCAAGGAUUGCAAAACACUCGGACAUUUCAACAAGGCAUACCAUGAAUGCAAGUUUUACAAAGCAGUUUCUGCGGCUGAUGUUGGAAGUAGCGGCAAGAAACGUAAGCAAUCAGCUACAAUCAAGGAAGAAAAGAAGCAAGCAAAGAGAAAGAAGAAGCAAACAACUGGAGAUAUCAAGUGUAUCAGUUGUGGCUUAAAGGGUCAUUCUACUUCUCGUUCUCUCGAAUGUCCCAAUCACAUUGCUUCAAAGGAAGAAGUUAUUACCUCGACGCUUGGAGAAGGCUCCACUGUAUUCACGAGGAAGCUCCCUCUUACGUCUGCUGUGAAGCCAGCGUUUCGCGAACAAUUCCAAGAAAAAGUCAUCUCUUGCUGCUCUGACAUAAGGAGAAUAGUAUUCUCUAGUCAAUUAUUCGUUAACUCGUACCUCAUUUAUUAUCAGGAGAAUAGAAGGAAUGCUAACAAAGGCGACAAGAAAGACACUGAUAAAAACAGCAACAAAGGCAGUAAAGAAGCCAACAAAGACAGGUCUAUUCCUGAUGUAUUCUGCCAGCAAUUCUGGUAUUCAGUAGGUCAGCUAGUAACGGGCAAGCAAGUUACUCACAAAACGGCAUUAUCCGAGGACAUAAAACAGUAUUAUACAGACUUCAAGGCAAAGUUCCCUACUAUCGAAAAAAGUUGCCAAGGGUUAUACAGCCCAACUCGAACAAUUCUGUAAAGUCUUCAACUUCAAAAAGUUUGGCUU